CCUCGCCUGGUCUGCAUGACAAAACCGCCGUGAAUUAUACUCAUCCUCGAUCCUUUUCUCGUCUAUUUGGCUCGGAUGGUUUUCACAAGAUGUCCGACACUUCAGAAGCACAGGAAAAGCGCACAAUCUACCGUUCUGCGCUCCGCAGCAUCAAAGAAGAAUCACUAAAUUGGAAAACCCUCAGAUCAGCGCACAGGAAGCGAGCGACGCGGGGAUUCAACAGGAAUCACUGUCUCUCGAAGACGAGUCGAACUAUCCAUACUUCCUUUCUCCGCUCAAGGAGGCUCUCACGCCCGCAAAGAGGCCAGAGUAUCCAACCUAUAAUGACACUUUCGAAGACUAUAUGAACGUCAAGGGUCUGUCGAUAUACAUGCAAAACUACACGGCGCAAGAACUAAAAAAAGACCACUCCACCCCCCAGGUAUCUGUUAUAGAGCACGGGGUGACUUCAAUUUCGAGGCUCUCUUCGAGGAUCUCUAU